AUGGCGCCAUCUCUGCACUUCCUGCGUCCGUACGCGGUCCAACCGCUGGCGCCAGGGUCGUCUCCUUCUGGCUCUGCGUACCUCCGAUUCUACGAGUUGGCAAGGCGAAACUCUCAGAUCGUCUGCCAAAGAUACAACUCGACCGUUUUCCCCAAGACCAUCAGCACGAUCAGGUCGAGCAGUCCUUGGGUGAAGCGCGAUGUAGAGACGUACAAUCCCGAGGACCGCGGUGCUCUUACGGCGGCUCGCGUCAAGCAGCUCCAGAAGGCUCAUGCCCUGUUGUAUCCGCGGUUGAAACGCUAUGCGAAGCCUUUCACGAUAUCGAACUUUAGAAAGCAAUAUGAAGACAAGAUAAAACUUCCAGGAGAAACUCUCGGUGACAUCGUGACGGUCGGCGGUCGCGUGUCCUCCACCAGUCAAAUUGGUAACAAGCUGGCCUUUAUAAAACUCGUCAUGGAUGGCACAACCGUCCAGGCGGUCCUGAAUAUCAACAAAUUGGUAGACGGCACGGAAAUGAGGCAUUUCGCCGACCAGAUCCGCUUGAUAAAGCGAGGGGACCAUAUCUCAAUAACUGGGCAGCCCAGUCGCACGCCGACGAAGGAGUUUUCUAUCGAGGCUAUACACCUUCCGCAAAUAGUCUCGCCCGGCUUAGCACCACUUCCAUUUAACCUUCCCGAGGAAGCCAGGAUGAACCAACGGCAUCUCGACCUCCUUGUCAACAAGCGAGCUGCAGACACUCUGCGUGUUAGGUCGUGUGUGAUCAGAAAACUGAGACAGUGGCUCGAAACCAAGCUGGAGUGCAUCGAAGUCCAUACCCCUAUCUUGGCUGCGAAUGCCGGUGGGGCUGUGGCACGCCCAUUCACGACCAACGCUACCGAGUUCCCAGAGAAGCAGCUCGCUCUGCGCAUCGCACCGGAGCUUUGGCUGAAGCGACUCGUUGUUGCGGGCUUCGACAGGAUAUACGAGAUCGGCCCAGCUUUCAGAAACGAAGGCCUCGACUCUACUCACAACCCCGAGUUCACCAUGUGCGAGUUUUAUGUCUCCCACAUCAACCUCGAACAGGUCAUGCAGGAGACUAAGGAUAUGUUUCACGACCUCGCUACCUCUGUUGCCAAUUUCAGGGACGAGCACAAUCUCCAGACUCUGCCACUGCUUGACCCCAAGGUGUUUGCCAAGGAGUGGCAAGUGAUUGAUUUCAUCCCGGCGAUUAACAUAGAACUUGGAAGUCCUCUGCCGAGGUUGGAUAAUAAUCCAAACGCCGUCCAGGAGAUCAUCAAGCUCCUCGAAGACCGCGGCAAAGACUGGCACAAGUCUUUGCUUCCCAACCCAUCCCUUUCGAAACUCCUCGACCGUAUUGCAGGUGCGGUUCUUGAACCCCAGUCCAAGGACAAGCCGAUUUUCAUCACCAAACACCCGGCGUGCAUGUCGCCCUUGGCCAAGACUUUCACUUGUCCCUUCACCAAGCAAUUUGUCUCCGCCCGGGCCGAAGUCUUCUUCGAUGGCAAUGAGCUGGCCAACAUGUACGAGGAAGAGAACAGCCCAUACGUGCAGAGGCUCAAAUUUGUCGACCAGGCGAAGGCGAAGCUGGCUCAGAAGCAGCACGCAGCUCCGGGCGAACAGCCACUCGGCGAAGAAGACGACGAGCCAGCACAUGUAAUCGACGAGCAGUACGUCUCCGUGCUGGAGUCUGGCCUACCGCCCACGGCAGGCUGGGGAUGUGGCGUGGACCGAUUGGUAAUGAUGUUUACCGGCGCCGGAAGAAUCAGUGAAGUGCUGCCGUUUGGGAAUCUGAGGAACGUCGUUGGGCUCGCGUCGACCGGCCCGCAGGGCCAAGAGCGUAAGGGGGAAGACAUGGACAGCAACUCUGGCUCUAUACCCACAGGCGAGUUUUCUGGAGCUGCUGAAGUACAGAUAUUCUCUCGAGAGGAGCUCGAACAGGCAGCCCAGGUGGGCAAGGAGACGAUCCUCCCAAGCGGCGAGGUGGCACGCGACGGGACGAAGGCUGGAAGGGCCGAGCCCUCGCUUGUAAUCGAGCCCGAGAGCGCCACAGCCCCAGGCGACGCUGACACCGCGGCUCGAGACCCCGACAAGCCAGCAAGUGCCAACCGUGAGAAGCGUGCCGCUGACGACGAGCUCGAUUAUAUCAAGGGCGACAGGCCAUAA